AAAGGGAAACGUUUUUAAUUCAGACACUAGACGAUUCAAUUUCAGACACUAGUACGUUUGUCUCAUCUUCCUCGUUUCUUCUCUCUUCUUUCUUCGUCACUACAGAUCUGAGUCAAAAUCAAAGCUCAGGUUUUUGUCUCUCUCUUUGGUCAAAUACUUUCUCCUCAAAAGAAAUUAAAAGAUUCAAACUUUACAAACCCCUUCGCCCUUUCUACCACAUCAUCAAAUCCUAACAAGAAACACGUGAUUCUCCUUCUUCCUCACAAACCACUAAGCAGCGAUCUCAACCUCCAUACCUCAACUCUCUCUCUCUAAUCCCUAAACCUAAUCAUCCAUUUAGUCGGAGAGAACCAAUGGGCGGCGGUCAAAAGUUCUGGGAGAAUCAAGAAGACCGAGCGAUGGUGGAAUCCACCAUAGGCACCGAAGCUUGCGACUUCUUCAUCUCUUCAAACACUUCCAAGCUCCUCCCUCCUCCUCCGCAUCCUCCAACCGAUCCCAAUCUUCAACAAGGCCUGCGUCACCUCGUCGAAGGCUCCUCCGACUGGGACUACGCCGUCUUCUGGCUAGCUUCCAACGCCAACACCUCCUCCUCCGACGGCUGCGUCUUGAUCUGGGGAGACGGCCAUUACCGUCCCCACAAGAAAAACUCUGAAGAAACAAAAGAAGAAGACGAGACCAAACGGCUCGUGCUUCGGAAGCUCCACUCCUCCUUCUUCUUAGAAGACCGUCGUCUUCUGGCGAAGUCAGAGGGUGGUCUCACUGAUCUCGACGUGUUUUACUUCGCGUCUUUGUAUUUCUACUUUAGGUGUGAUUCCACCAAGUACGGUCCCGCGGGAACUUACGUCUCCGGGAAGGCGCUUUGGGCGUCGGAUUUGCCUAGCUGUUUGAGUUACUACAGGGUUAGGUCGUUUUUAGCUAGAUCCGCUGGUUUCAAGACUGUCUUGUCUGUCCCGGUUAACUCUGGAGUUGUCGAGCUCGGUUCGUUGAAACUGAUCCCGGAGGAUAAGAGCGUGAUCGAGAUGGUGAAGUCAGUGUUCGGCUGUGGUAAAGAAGCUCCUCCCAAGAUCUUUGGUAGACAGCUGAGUCUGAAACCGCGGUCUAUGAGUAUUAACUUCUCGCCUAAGAUGGAGGACGACACUACUGGUGGUUUCUCCCUGGACGCAUACGAGGUCGGAGGUUCGAACCAUCUGACUGACGAGCAGAAGCCGAGGAAGAGAGGGAGGAAGCCGGCGAACGGGAGAGAAGAGGCGUUGAACCACGUGGAAGCGGAGAGGCAGAGGAGGGAGAAGCUGAACCAGAGAUUCUACGCGUUGAGAGCUGUGGUGCCUAACAUCUCCAAGAUGGACAAGGCUUCGCUCCUCGCUGACGCGAUCACGUACAUCACGGAUAUGCAGAAGAAGAUUAGGGUUUACGAGACGGAGAAGAUGGUGAUGAAGAGGAGGGAGACUAAUCAGAUCACUCCGGGGGAUGUUGAUUAUCAAGAGAGGCAGGAGGAGGACGGGGCGGUGGUGAGGGUGAGCUGUGCGUUGGAGAGUCAUCCGGUUUCGAAAGCGAUACGGAUGUUCAGGGAGAAUGAGGUUACGCCUCGUGAUACGAACGUGGCUGUGACGGAGGAGGGUGUGGUUCAUACGUUCAGUAUCCGGCCUCAAGGUGGCUGCACAGCUGAGGAGUUGAAGGACAAGCUCCUUGCCUCUCUCUCUCACAGUAGUGUCGUUGAUAUGUAAAAAACUGUAACAGUGUUGUUAUUGGGGUUGUAUCAAAUGUACUUUUAUUACUAGCCAAACCAAAACAAACUCUGGCAUCAAAAUUAUAUAAUAUGUCACAGAGAACAUAAUCAGUUUAACAUAAGGUGGAAGACAAAAAAGAUGCAUGCA